AUGCUGACUAUCAGCACGAGGAUCAGGAGCACUUACUCAAGAUAUCAUCAUCAGCACUCCCGAGCACUCUCGACGACCGUCCAAAUCCAACAACAAACUAGCACAUUCAAUCGAUCAUGGAAAGGAACCAAGACUAAUGGAGAAAGCACUAAGCUGUACACCGGUGGCCAGUUCAUCGACAGUCAAACUAACUCAUGGCUUGAUGUUCAUAACCCUGCCACUCAAGAGAUCUUGACCAAAGUGCCCAAACCAACCACCCAAGAACUCGAUCAAAUCGUCUCUCGCGCUCAAGAUGCUUAUCAUACUUGGAAGGAUACCUCGGUCCUCAGUCGCCAACAGAUCAUGAUCAAAUUACAAGCCCUGAUCAAAGAGAAUCACGACGACUUGGCAAGAUCAAUUGUAUUAGAACAGGGGAAAACAUUCUCUGAUGCCAAAGGUGAUGUCCAUCGAGGCCUACAGGUCGUCGAAGCUGCCUGCUCAUUGCCCCAACUCUUGAUGGGCGAGAAACUCGAGGUGAGUAAGGACAUGGAUACCGAGACUAGGAAGGCUCCUCUUGGUGUCACUGCCGCAAUUUGUCCAUUCAACUUCCCCGCAAUGAUUCCUCUUUGGAAUAUUCUAUCAAUUGCUUGUGGCAAUUCACUGAUUCUCAAGCCAUCAGAAAGAGACCCGGGCGCAAGUAUGAUGAUUGCAGAGCUAGCCGAAAUGGCAGGUUUACCUUCAGGUGUACUCAGUAUCGCACAUGGAGGAGUGGACACGGUAAAUUAUUUAUGCGACCAUCCCCAGAUCAAGGCAAUCUCUUUUGUCGGCUCGGAUCAUGCUGGAAAACACAUCUAUUCCAGAGCCGGCGCUAAUGGCAAAAGGGUCCAAGCUAACUUGGGCGCAAAGAAUCAUUGCGUGGUUAUGCCGGAUGCCUCGAAGAACUUGACUCUCAAUUCGAUUGCGGGGGCUGCGUUUGGAGCUGCUGGCCAAAGAUGUAUGGCCUUGUCCGUGAUGAUCACGGUCGGCCAAUCGUCUGAUUGGGUGAUUGAAUUAGUCGAGCGAGCGCGUCAGUUGAAGAUCGGCGAAGGGUUUCAAGAACAGACUGAAGUUGGACCAGUGAUCAGCCCUCAAUCGAAACAAAGAAUCAUCUCGAUCAUAGAUGCGUCCGAGAAGGAGGGCGCACAAGUCUUACUAGAUGGUCGUCAAGUCGAUGUCAAAGGGUACCCGAAUGGCAAUUGGGUCGGGCCUACUAUCCUUCAAGCCUCCCCUGGAAUGAGCUGUUAUGAGGAAGAAAUCUUCGGGCCCGUUCUGACGGUGGUGAAUGUUUCGAAUCUUGAUGAAGCGAUCGAAUUGAUCAAUCGAAAUAAAUAUGGGAAUGGGACUGCAAUAUUCACGAGGGACGGGGCGGCGGCAAGACGGUUUGAAAAAGAAGUCGAAGCCGGACAGAUCGGCAUCAACGUACCUGUGCCCGUGCCUCUUCCCAUGUUUGCUUGGAGUGGCAAUAAGGGGAGCGUCUUGGGUGGACAUUCCUUAUAUGGAAAAUUGGGUGUCGAGUUUUGGACUCAAAAUAAAACGACCACGGCUUUUUGGAGAUCCGCUGAUGCGGUCGGAAACCGCGCCGACGUUUCGAUGCCUACUCACCGUUAG